AUGCUGAAGCGUUUGUUGUCUUUCCUUCACUGUGCAUCUUGGUACGGAUCAUUGUUUCCAUUAGCUUUUUCAGCGCGAUCAGAUCUUGGACGACUGCGUGGAAUGUGUGGAUCAUGCUUUUGCGCCGUGUUUGGACUGAUGCUCAACGCCGCCAACCGCCAGCCGGCGGCGCUAACUAGGUUGCUGAAGUUUCCGGUGCCAUGCCAUAAGGUGAUGCAAUAUUCAAGAAGGAAGAACAAUCAGAGUGGUUGUAGCUGCGGACGAGGAGGCGAUCAGAAGUACCAGAACAAUCGGUCAUGGCGAGACGAGGUGAAGUUUAAAGGCAGUACCAGGAUCCAUUUAGGGGACUCAUCCGGUCUGCAGUAUUGGAUCCUUCUGACGUAUUGCAGCAGCCAAAGGGCAUGGGAUUUCGGAGCAAACCAGCGUGAUGAUGACCAGGCAUCGUUUCCUCGAAUUAAAGUAAACUGUGCAGGGCUCUCUUUCUUGUCAGCACGGAGCCCCGAUAUGUCAGGCUGCCGUUGCGCGCUGGUUUGCCCUGCUCGCCGUGGAGCAGUAGCACUGGGCUGGCUGGGGCUGGUUGGUGGGGACUGGCUCCAUUCAUCCAACCUUUUCGUUUGUCCAUCCAUCGUGAAGGCGGCUGGUUUUGAGGUGUGCGUGUGUGCGCUCCGUUUGGAUGGUCAGACCAAGCCGAUCCAGUCCAGUCCAGUCGCGGCCAUCCCAGGCUACUAUGAGAAGCAGCGAUCGAGUACAACGCAACUGCGAGAGAAAAGAGUAUGGGCUGGUACGCUGGGCAUGACUAUACGGUCAUGGAGUGACAGAGUGACGGAGCGGCAGCGGCAGCGGCAGCGGCAGGCCAUCACUCGCUGUGCAACGACGUGA